AUGUCGAGUGAUGAUAAAAACAAACCUAGUGAACCCAAGAAUGAGCCCAAGCAAUGUGAUCCCAGGUGUGAACAAAGGUGUGAAACUAAAUGCCAGUCCAGCUGUUUAAAGAAGCUGCUGCAACGGUGCUCUGAAAAGUGCCCACAGGAAAAGUGCCCAGCACCACCGAAGUGUCCACCAUGCCCCAGCCCAGCUCCCUGUCCUCCCAAGCCAUGUUCCAAGCCCUGUCUUCCUAAAUGCCCACAGCCCUACCCACCCCCAGACCCACAGCAGAGAGCUGCUGGCCUUCGUUACUUUACACUUGUUUCUCCUCCAUCAUCCUUCCUUCUUCCCCUGAAUCCUCCUCUGACAGAUCCACUUCGACAAGUUGUCGUCUCUGAGGCCAACUCAGGGGUCACCUGCUCCAAGAAGCUGCCCCCACCUUCCACCCGCAGGCUGGUUAAAGGCCCCUUUCUGUGGUCUUAG